CAAUGGAUUUGUUUACGGAAUUAAAUACCACAGAAAAGACGAAAUUCAAUGUAUGUCAAUCUUUGCAAACAUUACUUGGUUACAUUUAUUGAACUUGAGUCGUUGCAUUACAGUGAAUCCAAAGUACAAUUUGAAACAACAACAUUGUAAUAUUUAUUUUUUAAAAAACUUCUUACGAUACAAAAUACAUUUUUUCAUUUGUCAUGUCUAAGCCUAAGCUGUUGAUGUUACAUGAUAAUUUAGCCAAACCUGCAAUGGAUAUGCUAAGAAAUAGAUUUCAUAUAGAAAUAUGUAAAACCAGCUACGUAGAAAGCAUUCCGACAGCUCAAGACAUCAUCGAUUGUAUUCCAGGAUCAUUUGGAUUAUUUUGUUCAUCAUCAGUCAUAAUUUCGGAAGACGUUCUUAAAGCAGCCGGACCCAAUUUCAAAGUCAUCGGGGCAAUGUCUGUGGGCUAUGAUCACAUAGAUUUGUCGUUAUUAAAGAAGUAUGGAAUUCGUUUGGGUAACACACUAGGAGUUCCAACCGAAGCAAUUGCCGAAUUGACCAUCGGCCUAUUAAUUGCUACAGCGAGAAGAUUUCAGGAAACAAAUCGUGAGCUUAAAACAGGUGGUUGGAAAAGGUGGACUCCUGAUUGGUUUCUAGGCUUAGGAUUAGCAAAAUCUACCGUGGGAAUUAUCGGUUAUGGUAACAUAGGAGCUUCUGUUGCUGAAAAAUUAGGUUGUUUCAAAAUUUCUGAACUACUAUAUUACAGCCGGAGUGAAAAACCCGCAGCGAAAGCUCUCGGUGGAAAAUUAGUAUCUGUCGAUGAGUUAGUCAAACGAAGUGAUUACAUCAUUAUUGCUAUUGCUUUGAACAAAGACACCGAAUUCAUUAUGAAUAGAGAUCGAAUUUUCAGUAUGAAACCGACGGCUGUGUUGGUCAAUAUCGGACGAGGAAAGCUUGUCGACCAAGAUGCUUUGACUGAAGCUCUGCAGCAAAAAAGAAUAAGUGGAGCUGGCUUGGAUGUCAUGACACCUGAACCUCUACCACUUGACGACCCAUUAAUGAAGCUCGAUAAUUGUAUUUUAUUGCCCCAUAUCGGCAGUUCCACUUUUGAGACGAGAGCUUCAAUGGCUGUGUUAACGGCAAAGAAUAUUUUGGCCGUUUUAGACAAUAUUCCUAUGCCUAAUGAAUGGCAACACUGCAUUAUGGAAAAAUGUCUGGUAAAACACGAUGGCGUACAUUUUUAUGUGAAUUUUAGCAUUCAUUAAUAUAUGUUUGCAAUUUCCCCUCAAAACUUGUCGUUCCACCCUUUGGAUUAAAUUUUCACAGUGACAAUGUUUAUUUUUAGUUUCAUAGAUUAGAAGUCCGUUUGUCAAAAUGCUAGCGUAGCACAAUUUUUUUGUAUACAAUAAUUUUAUAAAGCCAUC